GCCGCAGCCGUUGGCUGGCGGACGCCCAAUCCCGGGGCAUGCCGCCCCAACCUGGCCAGGACACACAGUGAAAGGCGAGUUUGGUGGCAGAUCUGACCCCCAGGGGUUGUCAGCUGCAGCAGCUUAGCGAGCCCAGUAUCAGGGACUCCAGGCUUGGAGAGAAAGCAGCGGCAAUGGCUUCGGUGUUCAUGUGCGGAGUGGAGGACCUGCUAUUCAGCGGCAGUCGCUUCGUGUGGAACUUGACCGUGUCCACGCUGCGGAGAUGGUACACCGAGAGGCUGCGGGCUUGCCACCAGGUGCUGCGGUCGUGGUGCGGGCUGCGGGACGUGUACCAGAUGACAGAGGGCAGGCACUGCCAGGUUCACCUGCUGGAUGACAGGAGACUGGAACUGCUGGUUCAGCCCAAGCUUUUAUCAAGAGAGCUGCUGGACCUUGUGGCAUCACAUUUCAACCUGAAAGAGAAGGAGUACUUUGGAAUAACAUUUAUAGAUGACACGGGUCAAGAGAACUGGCUGCAGCUGGACCACAGAGUUUUGGAGCAUGAUUUGCCUAAGAAACCUGGCCCAGCUACUCUGCACUUUGCUGUCAGGUUCUACAUCGAGAGCAUAUCCUUUCUAAAGGAUAAGAACACGGUGGAACUGUUUUUCCUGAAUGCAAAGGCCUGUGUACACAAGGGACAAAUCGAAGUAGACAGUGAGACCAUCUUCAAGUUGGCUGCCCUGGUUUUGCAGGAAAGCAAAGGAGAUUAUACCAGUGAUGAGAAUGCCAGGAAAGAUUUGAAGACACUGCCAGUCUUUCCAACCAAAACCCUUCAGGAACAUCCAUCACUCGCUUACUGUGAAGACAGAGUGAUUGAACAUUAUUUGAAAAUCAAAGGUCUGACUCGGGGUCAAGCUGUGGUCCAGUAUAUGAAAAUCGUAGAAGCCCUGCCAACUUAUGGAGUCCAUUAUUAUGCAGUGAAGGAUAAGCAGGGACUUCCAUGGUGGCUUGGGAUCAGCUACAAAGGAAUCGGCCAGUAUGAUUUACAAGACAAGGUGAAGCCACGGAAACUAUUUCAAUGGAAGCAGCUGGAAAAUUUGUAUUUCCGUGAGAAGAAAUUUGCGGUGGAGGUGCAUGAUCCUCGAAGGAUUUCAGUGUCUAGAAGAACCUUUGGACAGAGUGGCCUGUUUGUACAAACCUGGUAUGCAAACUCUUCUCUCAUCAAGUCCAUCUGGGUAAUGGCCAUUAGCCAGCAUCAAUUCUACCUGGAUCGGAAGCAGAGCAAAGCAAAAAUUCCUUCAGCUAGAAGUUUAGACGAUAUCGCAAUGGAUUUAACGGAGACUGGAGCACAGAGGGUCUCCAAACUAGUGACUCUGGAAGCAAAAAGUCAGUUCAUCAUGGCAAGCAAUGGCAGCCUGAUAUCCUCAGGUUCUCAGGACUCAGAAGGCAUGGAGGAGCAAAAACGAGAGAAAAUCCUAGAACUCAAGAAGAAGGAGAAACUGUUGCAAGAGAAGCUCCUGAAGAAAGUUGAAGAGCUGAAGAAGAUCUGUCUUCGCGAGGCUGAACUCACAGGCAGAAUGCCAAAGGAGUACCCACUGAGCAUCGGCGAGAAGCCCCCUCAGGUCAGGAGGCGAGUGGGGACCACGUUCAAGUUAGAUGACAACCUGCUGCCUACUGAAGAGGAUCCAGCUUUGCAAGAAUUGGAGAGCAAUUUCCUAAUACAGCAAAAGCUGGUUGAAGCUGCAAAGAAACUUGCCAGUGAGCCAGACCUUUGUAAAACCGUGAAGAAAAAACGGAAGCAAGAUUACACAGAUGCUGUGAAAAGGCUGCAGGAGAUUGAAAAUUCCAUCAACGAAUACCGAAUCCGGUGUGGGAAGAAACCCAGCCAGAAGACUACAGUCGUUCUACCAGAAGACAUAAUUCCAUCAGAAAGCAGUUCUUUGUCCGACACCACCACCUAUGAUGAUCCCAAUGACUCCUUCACUCUUGCUGGGCAGCGACCAAGUUCAGUACCUCAUUCUCCAAGAAUUCUGCCCCCCAAGUCUCUUGGCAUCGAGCGAAUCCACUUUAGAAAAUCCUCCAUCAAUGACCAGUUCAUGGACACCAGGCAGUCCAGAGAAAUGCUGUCCACCCACAGCAGCCCUUACAAAACGCUGGAGAGGCGGCCCCAAGGAGGACGGAGCAUGCCCACCACACCUGUCCUGACUCGGAACGCCUACAGCAGCAGCCACCUGGAACCCGACUCUUCAUCUCAGCACUGCCGCCAGCGGAGCGGAAGCCUGGAGUCCCAGUCCCACCUGCUCUCUGAGAUGGACAGUGACAAGCCAUUUUUCACCCUCUCCAAAUCCCAAAGAAGCAGUAGCACUGAGAUCCUCGACGAUGGGUCUUCCUACACCAGUCAGUCAAGCUCCGAGUAUUACUGUGUGACACCUGCUUCCGGCCCUUACUACACCACCCAGACUCUGGACACCCGAGCCAGGGGUAGGAGAAGGUCCAAGAAACAGAAUGUUUCUACCUCCAAUUCAGGAAGCAUGCCCAACCUAGCACAAAAGGAUACUUUGAGAAAUGGUGUCUACUCAAAGGGUCAGGAUCCUUCUGGUUACUAUAUCGCCGGAUAUACUCCAUAUGCGGAGUGUGACUUGUAUUACAGUGGUGGCUAUGUCUAUGAGAAUGACACCGAGGGACAGUACAGUGUCAAUCCUUCUUACCGAUCCUCUGCUCACUACGGAUACGACCGACAGAGGGACUACAGCAGGUCUUUCCAUGAAGAUGAGGUAGACCGCGUACCCCAUAACCCUUAUGCAACUCUCCGGCUGCCAAGGAAGGCUGCCGUGAAAUCUGAGCACAUCACCAAAAACAUCCACAAGGCCUUAGUUGCUGAGCACCUGCGUGGCUGGUACCAGAGGGCUUCUGGGCAAAAGGAUCAGGGGCACAGCCCACAGACUAGCUUUGACUCAGACAGGGGAUCACAGAGGUGCCUGGGAUUUCCGGGGCUGCAGGUGCCCUGUUCUCCAAGCAGUCGAGCAUCCUCCUACUCUUCAGUGUCUUCUACAAAUGCUUCUGGGAACUGGAGGACCCAAUUAACCGUGGGGCUGUCUGAAUACGAAAACCCAGUGCAUUCUCCCUACACCAGCUGCUAUGGCAGCAUCUACAAUCCCUUACCCUCUCCAAGCAGACAGUACGCAGAGACCACUCCGCUGGACGGUACAGAUGGAAACCAGCUGGAAGACAACCUGGAGAGUGGCGAGCAGAGACUCUUUUGGCACGAAGACUCCAAGCCUGGAACAUUAGUCUGAAUGCAGUUGGACCUCCUGACCAAGCACUGCGCAUUCUCACACUAGUGUGCCUUGCAAAGUGUGUUCGUCUCCUAGAAGGCUUUAGAAACAAAAGGCAUCAAAGGGGGAAGAGAAGACUUCUGUGGUUUGGAAGUGAAUCACACACUAAGCCCCACAAAGCCCGGGAUGAGGACUUGCCUUUCAAACUCUAGGCACUAACCCAUCACUAAGUCUGAUCCCUUUGUGGAAUUCCUGUCAAGAGAACCAACAUGAAGCCUUGACACACAGCGAGUUCUUAGGAAGGGGAAUAACAAUUGUCAAAGGCAAGCCUUGAAACUGGGGACAUGUUUGAGGAGUUUGUCCCACGGAAAGGAGGAUGGGAGUUUAAGCACAGUUCAGAAUGCUGAGAGAGGAAACCCAGAAGCUCCCGAGUCAUGGCUCCCCAUGACAAGGUUUGAACUCAUGAGCUGACAGAAAACACACUGUUUCUACAAACAGAUGGCAAUUUAGGCAGUAUUGGAAACUUACUUGAAGAGAAGUUAGAUUUUCAUGAAGUUCUGAAUGAGUGUAAAUGUUUUAAGAUGUCUUCGUAAGCACCAUAAAUAAGGACUCUAGUCAUUCUGAUUGCUAUAGCAACCCACACCAUAACUUGAUUGUAGCCCAGCUAGAGGAAGUCACUGGCCAGCUCUGCUUGGAGAAUGUUCUUAAGGUACAUAUCACCAAUCCCUGUUGUGCUUCCCAACACUGAAUUCGCAGACUGGUGACUCUCCACCUUGCCUGUCAUUUGAAAUGGUCGGCUUGAGAUGGAAAGAGUGUGGAACCACAGGUCUGAAAAGAAGGUUCCCUGAUGAUAAGAGGAAGGACCCCAGAGGACAAAGCCAACCCACAUCAUCGUAGAUGAAUCGUGUGCCUUAACGUGGUGAACAGUAGAAAGUGAAACCUCCAGUUUGAACUCCAGAAGUAAAUCUGUCACCCGGUGACAAAACAAGAUUGGCAUAAAGAGAAUUUACUCCAAGCUGCAGGAGAUUGAAUCAUGAGGCUUAAACUACCUCCUACCCCUUCUGGAGGAACACAUUAGCUAGGUUUGUUGUUCGUAGGAUUUUGCUUGCUUUUAGGGCAGCCUUGAUCUUCGUCUCUUUAUUCAGCUUCCAAAUCCCAUGAAAGGUGCUUCCUUUUCCCUCCCUUUUAUAUGAGUUUCUUGUUCAUAUUGUGAAUAGAAACAUUUCUCAACAGCUUUUCUGGGACAGUUUUCUACUUGUAUUCCAAAGCAUGUAAUAUAUACAUAAAGAUGCUUUGUUAAACUGGUCCUUAGUCAUUUGUAUCAUUAGAAAUGAAGUCUGGGGAAAUUUUUUUGGAAAAAAAGACACAAGUAAAAAAAUAAUAAUAACUUAUUCCUUUUUGCAUAUUUGUAUAGCCUUCUGGAAUUGGAAAUAGCCUUUUGCAUAUACUUUCAUCGUUUUGACUUUUUGAGACCUGUUAUUUUUUUACAUAGGUCAAUAAACUGAGAGUGUACUACUGAA